CACACGCACACGCAUACAUAGAUAUUUAAUUUAAUUUAAUUUAAUUUUUUUCCCCCGUUUUAUUUUAAUUUUCUCGGCACUUUCGGCGGGGCCCCUGGGGCGGAGCCGCCCUCGCCGCCGGGAGGGGCCGGUGCCCGCAGCGCCGGGGAUGGGCUCCGCCGGGGCGUCCUCCGCCUAGAGCAGCCCGGCUCGGCUCGGCCCGGCCCGGCCCGGCCCGGCGCGCAGCAUGGCCGCGGAGCUCAGCGCCGAGGAGGAGCAGGCCACCAAGCAGUUCCUGGAGGAGAUCAACAAGUGGACAGGCCAGUACAAUGUGUCCCCGCUCUCCUGGAAUGUGGCUGUCAAGUUCCUCAUGGCCCGCAAGUUCGACGUCCUGCGGGCCAUCGAGCUCUUCCACUCCUACCGGGAGACGCGGCUGAAGGAGGGGAUUGUGAAGCUGAAGCCGCACGAGGAGCCGCUGCGCUCGGAGCUGCUCAGUGGGAAAUUCACCAUUCUGAGCGUGCGGGACCCCUCGGGAGCCUCCAUCGCCCUGUUCACAGCCAAGCUGCACCACCCCAGCAAGAGUGUGCAGCACGUGGUGCUCCAGGCUCUCUUCUACCUGCUGGACCGAGCUGUGGAGAGCUUUGAGACACAAAGGAACGGGCUGGUAUUCAUCUACGACAUGGCAGGGUCACAGUACACCAACUUUGAGCUGGACCUCAGCAAGAAGAUCCUCAACCUGCUCAAGGGUGCCUUCCCAGCUCGGCUCAAGAAGGUUUUCAUCGUGGGAGCACCCAUGUGGUUCCGUGUGCCCUACUCCAUCAUCAGCCUGCUGCUGAAGGAGAAGCUGCGGGAGCGGGUGCAGAUGGUGAAGAUGUCAGAGCUGAAGGAUCACCUGCCCCGGGAAUGCCUCCCUGAGUACCUCGGAGGGUCCCUCAAACUGGACCCUCUGAGCUGGAACUGCCGGUUCCUGCCCCAGCAGAACGGGCACCCCGACCCCCUGGACGAGCUCAUCCUGGUGCCGCUGGCGGCCCCCAAAGAUAACGGCUCCGUCCACGUCCCCGGGCCCAAGUCUGUCACCCUGCAGGAGCUGCUGGAUCAUGUCAGCCACAAGCAGAAACGUGGCAUCUAUGAGGAGUACGAAGACAUUCGGCGCAGGAGCCCGGCCGGCACCUUUGCCUGCUCUUUGGCACCCUACAACCAGGACAAGAACCGGUACGGGGACGUGCCCUGCCUGGACCAAACCCGUGUCAAGCUGGCAAAGCCAUACAGCCGCCCGGAGCUGACUGACUACAUCAAUGCAAGCUUCAUGGAUGGCUACAAGCAGAGGAAUGCUUACAUCGGCACUCAGGGGCCUCUGGAAAACACCUACGGUGACUUCUGGCGCAUGGUGUGGGAGCAGAACGUCCUGGUGAUUGUGAUGACAACCCGGCUGGAGGAGGGAGGCAGGAGGAAGUGCGGCCAGUACUGGCCCCUGGAAAAGGAUUUCCAGGUGUGCUUUGGGGCCCUGACCAUCACCAACCUGGGCGUAGAGAACCUCAACCAUUACAAGAAAACCAUCCUGGAGAUCCACAGCUCAGAGACCAGGGAGAGGCGGCUGGUGUCCCACUUCCAGUACCUGAGCUGGCCAGAUUAUGGCGUCCCCUCUUCCGCUGCCACUCUCAUUGACUUUUUGGGGGCCGUGAAGCAGCAGCAGAGAGUGGCUGUCAGUGCCCUGGGACCUCGCUUCAAGGGCCACCCCGGGGGACCCCCAGUUGUGGUGCACUGCAGCGCUGGCAUUGGCAGGACAGGUACCUUCUGUGCGCUGGACAUCUGCCUGUCACAGCUGCAGGACGUGGGCACGCUGAACAUCUACCAGACAGUGCUGCGCAUGCGGAGCCAGCGCGCCUUCAGCAUCCAGACCCCCGAGCAGUAUUACUUCUGCUACACCGCCAUCCUGGAGCACGCCCAGCGCGAGGGGCUGCUGCUCACCAACCACAGCCGGGCCGCCCAGGAGAAGAGCUCGCCGGGGCACUGAGACCCUCUGCCUCCCUCGGACGCCGCUGCCCAUCCUCGGGGGCUGCCCCGCCGGGACUCAGCAGGGCCAGAGCACCUCAGCUGUCAGCACUGCUAUGGAACUGUGCCUUAUUCAACCCAAACGGUGGCUGCCACUUUGCCGGCACGGGAAGGGGCUCUGACUCCUCUCCAUCGUGUUUCGGUUGGGUUUGGAUGGUUGGGGAGGUGGUUUGUCUUCUCUUCGAGUUGUUGGGUUUUUUUAUUUUGUUUUUGGUUUUUUUGUUGUUGUUGGGACCACCUAAGAUGUACCUAGAGAGGGGCUUUGCAAAGUCCUAGGAAAUGUAUUCCCAGUCCUGGGGCUGAGGAAGAGGCACGUGCUUCGGUCUCACCUGACGCUCCAUGUGUGUGUCUGUAUGUAUGUGUGUAUAUAAUAUACCCCCGCUGUGACA